CCGCGGCACCACGCGACGCCGCCGCCCCCGACGCCGCGUCUCCUCCGCCGACUCGAGACGCCGCCUCCCCCGCCUGACCGCGCGGUAACCCGGUCGCAUUCCGCCCGUCGCGCCUCCCCCGCCGCACCACGCGACGUUGGUGGCCCCGCGACACCGCCUCCCCCGACGUCGCGCCUCCUCCGCCGCACCCCACGAAGCCGGAGGCCGCCGAGCGCUGCUGGGGGCGGCCGGCCUAGGGCAACGAGCCCCGCUGGAUCUCAGAUCCUGGCGGCAGGGAUCGGAGAGCUCGCGCAGAUCCACGUCGCCCUGCCACAGUGAUGCCGUCGUCCCCACCGCCGCACGCGCCGCAGAUCCAUGGCCGUCCUAAGGCCUCCUCUCCCCCCCCCCCCCCCCCGGCCCCUACCUCCCCAAGCUGCGGUGCCGCCGCCGCUGCAUCCGCGCCUCCCCCUUGGCCUCUCGCCCGACCCUCGCGCCUCUCCCUCCGCGAGACGCUGCCGCCCGGUUCCGCUCCCACAGAUCCGCACGCACACGGCGCACGCCUCCACUCUCUGCGGUGGCUCGCCGCUCCUGCAUCCGCCCUCCCUGCGCCGAGAGGGUAGCGACGCCGCCGGCCGCACCUCCCCUCCCCGGCGUGGUCGCGCCAGGGCAGCAGGGCCCCCGGCCGGCGUGGCGUCGCGCGUGCAGCCUGCUAAUCAGCCUCCCGCCGCCGACACACUUGAAGAACGACCGGUGGCUGGGGCGACGAUACUUUCGAGGGCAUCACAGCUGUGCCCAACGAUUCAUCAUUCCCCGCGCGAUCACGGGAUCACAAGCAUAGCGACUCUGUCCGUGCUUCAUUGGGUCAGCCAUGUAUACCCACGGUACAAGCUAAACUCCAAAUGGAGUGAGCUCAACGCAGAUGCAUCUGGCGAGAUUCUCAAACGUCUUGAUGUCAUAGACAAACUAAACUUCAUGUGCACAUGUAGAUCGUGGUUUUCCUUGUGCUGUGCUCUCAAGGGUAAUCGUCUCAGAUCAGGAUCCGUAACAUUACUUUUACCCGACUUACAUUUAUAGAUAUUGUACACAAAACUGGACCUUCUGUUAAAGUGAUUCAUCUAUAAAAAAGCUGGAUGUGACAAUGGGAGUGGCUGAUAGGGUGAAAAUGUAACAUAUGCAGUAAUCACCUUGAUGAUAAAUUAUUGCUCAAGCUUCCUCAGCAGCUGUUCCUUUGAAGGGUCUCUUUGCCCUAUGCUGUAACAAUAUCGUGUAUCCAUUUGCUGUUUUUUGGUCUUACUAAUGACUGGCUAAUAAUGAACUGCAGAAUUACAUGAAGUUGUGCCCGAGGUGAGCGGUGUCUUAGCAGAUCCAACAAUCAAAUUCUUGACCCUGUGAUUGUGAGUGCGGAUGAUUUUUUUUCUUGUUUACAGCUGUAUUUGAGCUUAAGUAAGCCACCAAAAUAAUUUGUACAAUAUUUUCUCUUCAUUGCUAAAGAAAAACUUGUAUUGAGUGACUCCUAGGGGUGUCUAACCUUUUCUAGACAAAGUUGAGUGGUAGUUUGAAAACAGCAAUAGUUCCUUAUUAUUUUCGUUGAGCAAUAACCUAAACUGUGAGAGUAUCUGAAUGCAUUUUUUAUGAAAUUUUUCUGUCUGUCUUAUUAAAGAUGGUGGAGAAAAUUUUUUAUAUUGCAUUGGAUUCUCUAAGUGCACAAUUUGGACUAAAAGGCAGCUAAUUGCAGCUUCUCUGAAGCCCUUGCAGCUUGACUAAAAGCGGAGAAGCUGCAGCUCGCCAUUUGUGGAUUGUAGGAUCCUGUGUGAAAAAUCGAGUUUGUUUAACAGUCAAUUCAGAUUGUUUACAUGAAAUCUUGUAUGCAGGCUGAACUACGGUGACUCAAGACCCUGCCUAAGUGGGUGUCAUUUGUUGCAGAUGAGGCUCAACUUGGUGUUUACCUACUGGGUUACCUGCAGGUGAAGCUCAGCAAGGAGCGAAACGUUUGUGCAGCCAUCCAACAAGCUGGCAGGAGACCAGCACAUGGUGCCUUCUUUGAUACUUUUGUUCAUGCUAUCUUUUGUAGAAAUUGGUUGGCUUAGUCUUAUGCAUCUCCAUAUGGUAUACUAUAGCUUUGAAACGUUUUUCUAUAGGAAGAUUGAAGUAGUUAGGUGAAGGGGAACACUCUAUUUGGACUAUUUAUCACUAUAUAUUAAGAUCAUAAGAGAAUACUGGAUUGUGAUUUCUUUGGUAA